UUCGUAUUGCCACAACCAUUCCAAAUGAAUGCCACAGACGAAGAUCUUAAACUACAAACGUAAAUUUUCGAUUAUAUUUUGUUGUAAUGGACUGGCUAUUAGAAACGCCUCAGCUAUAUAGUGCUUUCUCCUCACUGGGCUCCCUCAUGGGAGAUACCUAUGUUGUAAGUGAUAAGGUUCUAGAAACAUUGGAAGAAAUUGACUUUAAAUUGACCUAUGAAGAUCAAACCCUACGAACAUUUCGUCGAGCUGUAGGUUUUGGUAAAAAUGUUAAAUCCGAUUUGCUACCCCUGUUGGAAAAUGCCAAAGAUGAGGAGGUAUUCGAUUCGGUUAUAAGGAUAUUGGUAAACCUCACCGCGCCCGUGGAAUGCCUCUUCUCCGUGGAUGUUAUGUAUCGGACCGAAGUGGGCCGAUACACAAUCUUCGAAUUGAAUAAUUUAUUGCACACGAGCAAGGAGGCCUUUACCGAUCCGAAAAGUACAAAAUGUGUUGUGGAAUAUAUGACGCGGAUUUUGGAAUCCGAUUCAAAGUUAUCGGCCAAGAAAUGUGAACAAAUCAAUAAUUGUUUAUUGUUGUUGCGUAAUAUUUUGCAUAUACCCGAACCGAGAGGCAACUACAUCAUGUCCACGGCGGCCCAUAACCAAUCGGGUGGAACCCAUGUGGUCUCUAUGCAAAAUACAAUUUUGUGGAAUUUAUUUAUUCAGAGUAUAGAUAAAUUGUUGCUGUACCUUAUGACAUGCCCCCAGCGAGCGGUAUGGGGUGUUACACUGGUCCAGCUGAUCGCCCUCAUGUAUAAGGAUCAGCAUGUUAGUACCCUGCAGAAGCUAUUGAAUAUGUGGUUUGAAGCUUCGCUAUCGGAAAGUUCGGAGGAUAAUGAGAGUAACACCUCGCCUCCCAAGCAGGGUAGCUGUGAUUCGAGUCCCAUGCUGACAUCGGAUCCUACAUCGGAUUCAUCGGAUAAUGGCAGUGGCGGUACCAAGAAAAACGUCAGCUCCGAGGAUCGUCGUCAGGCUUUGCGCGAAGAAACCGAAGCCACAUUGCAAGAGGUAAGUCGUAAGGGCCAAGAAUAUCAAAAUGCCAUGCUACGAGUACCAGCUGACAAUGGUGAUGCCACCGAAGUGGCAACCGAUCUCAGUAUGAAGAAGAAGACCAAUCAAGAAUCCAACAACAAUUCAAAUUGGUCCCAAAAGGAAUCGGAACAGGGUACCUGCCCUUCGUCGCCGACAAAAAUGAAAAAGGAAAAUAACAAUAAAAUUGAUAACAACGAUGCAACGGAAACUAAAACAACAACAUCAAACAAACAACAACCACAACAACAAUUACAACAACCAGCUGAAUCGAAUUCAAGCACUUCCAAAAUGUCCGACAGUGACAAUUUUAUGGCUCCACCAGCCUUACCUAUUACUAAGCCCACAGCAUGCGUAACAGUUGCUCCAUUACCAUUAAUGGCCAACGAUCCGGAAUUAAUGGAACCAUGUCCAAAAAGUCAGAAUCAACAGAAAACACCCCAUUCGGCACAUGUCAAGCUAACAAUGGGUAAAUGUGGUCCCCAGAAGCGACAAUGCCCCUCGUCACAAUCGGAACUAUCCGAUUGUGGUUAUGGUACACAAGUUGAAAAUCAAGAGUCCAUAUCAACCUCUAGCAAUGAUGAUGAUGGUCCUCAGAGCAAGCCACAACAUCAAAAGCCACCAUGUAGCUCCAAGUCACGUAAGGGCCAGCGUAAUAUCUUGACGGCCAUCGAUAAGAAGGAGUUGCGAAGGAAGAAGCUGGUGAAGCGGAGCAAGAGUAGUUUGUAA